AUGAUCCUCUUUUCUUUAAAGGAUGAGCUGCAUUCCAAAUGCGAAUGUGAUCACGGCUAUACUGGCGAAAUGUGUGAGGAGGUAGCAGCUCAAUGGGCCGAAUGGGGUCAGUGGUCGCCCUGUGAGCCGAUCUGUGGCGUUGGACGAACACAUAAAAGAAUACGCAUCUGCAUCAGAGCCAACCACUCAAAUUGUCAUGGGCAAACGGAACAGGUGAGUUUUAUUCAGUCGUAG